AUGUCUAUGUUUAUUAAUGGUCUCAAGUAUAUUGUACUAUGUCAGAGCCGUUUAUAUUCUAAAAAUGUAGAACAACAUGUUAGUAAACAAUAUCAAAGUAUAUCAACUACAAUUAAAAAUUGUCUAAAAGAUCAUCAAAUACCAACUGCAGAUCAACGAGCAAAAAAGUGUUUCACGCAUUGCAAUGCAUUUUAUAUGAAAAAUUCAAUCAAAAAAUUACCGACAGUGCUAGAGAGACGUGCCAAGCAUGAAUAUAAAAUCGUACAAAGUAUUCGAAGUCUUUUACACAGCCGAUCAGAUAUUGUUGUGCGUCGCACAGAUAAAAGCAAAGUGUUCUAUGUUGGGAAAGCAACUGAUUUGGCACGAGAAACCCAACAAUAUAUGUUAAAAACAAAUGUUUAUCAAGAAAUUACAAAUGGUCACUGUCCUCUAUCAUAUAUGUUAUAUGCUGUUCAAAUAUUACUCUCAAGUCUUGUAGCACAGAAAGCUCUUACCAUUGAACAAUGUAAGAGAAUAACUCCGAAAACAAAUAAAUUAGAACUUGGUCAUUAUCAUGGUCUCCCCAAACCACAUCAACCUGGUACACCAUUACGUUCUAUUAUUGCAUCGAUUCAUGGACCAGCUACUUUGGUAUAA